AUGGUGUGGCCACUUCUGGAGAACCUGUCACAAGCUAUGGCGCCAAAUGUUGAAGAUUCCCAGAUGAAAGUUGCCAUUCUAAACAGUCUAUCAAAGAGGAACACAUACGUGGAGAUAAAACAAGUAAUGCUACAAGCAUCUCUUGUUGAUCCUAGGUUCAAAGCUCUGCCUUUCCUCAACCCACAAGAGAAGUUGAAGGUCCAAGAAUUUCUUCUUCAUUUGGCUAAAGCAAUGAAUAACAGCUCCCUUGAGUAUGUCAUCAUCAAAUCAGAACCGGGUGCAGGCCCAGAGGAUGGAAUUAUCAACCCACCCAAGAAGACAGCAUUGUCUUCAUUAUUUGGAGAUGUGUUUGUGGUUGGUGAUGUACCUGCUACCCUGACCAAGAAAGAGCAGCUCGCCAGAGAGAUUAAAACCCAUAUUGGAGAGGAUUCAGUUGAUAUCAAUACCAAUCCACUCAAGUGGUGGCAUGAGCAUGCCUACAACUAUCCUUUACUUUACAAGGUUGCAAAGUAUUUAUUGGCAAUACAAUCAACAUCUGUACCAAGCGAAAGAGUAUUCAGUACUGCUUGGCAUAUUGUGACAGCUCAGAGGGCAACAUUGGCCCCGGAGAAUGUGGACAAGCUGAUUUUUCUGAAAAAGAAUGUUAUCUUUUAA